CAAUGUGUGCUCGAGCCUAGUUAACAACUGCCACAGUGACGUCACUUCCCCACGCGCGCGGGAUCGUGCUAACAACAGCUAGUCACUGAUCUGUCGAUCGAGAGCUAUCAACGGCUAUAUGCUAUUUGCUAUUGCUUUUGGUUAAAGAUAUUGAAGAGAAAACUGCGCCCACUCUCGAAAGUCGCCGCUUUCUGUCGAUUGCAUUUCCGGUUUUUCGCAGCCGUUCACGUACAGUUGUAGCGUUGUAAAAAGAAAAGGCUGGUCUGUUGUUGACAUACAUGACGAGCACAGAUGUGUGUUUUGCUUGUGUCGCCAGCGCGUAAGUUAAUGUUACUAGCUACUGUUACUUUUUCGCAGACGUUUACAUCUGUUAUGCCUUUAAACCCUUUUUAGUUCAGCCUGAGUCGGCAAGCUGGACUUUAGUCUUUAGUAUUUGGUUGCGAUGAAGCUGCAGUGUGAUGUCGAGGUGGUGAAUCGGAUGCUCCCUACGUUUGGGAUGAAAAGUCGAGGGAAAGGGACGAGAGCGGUGCUUUCCAUCGGGAAGCAUCUGGACAAGUCGAGUCAACGCAGCAACAUCUACAUGAUGAUCUGCACAGCUAAAGACAGAGCAGGAUCGAAGUACAAGCUAAAAGACAACAUAGAAAAAUUCUUCACAUGGUUUGUCGAAGAAGGCAAGGCCACUGUGAGAUUAAAGGAACCUGCUGUUGACAUUUGUUUGAGCAAGGCUGAUGCAAAUAGCUUGAAGAACUUCCUGUCAGCUGCUCGUCUGGCAGACCAAGGAAGUGACACAAGCAGUUUUCCCCUCUCCACACUCACUCCUGUUCGCGCCAGGGAUGUAGAGCACCCUAAAAAGAAACUCACGAUUGUCUCAAAGAAGGACUACCCCCUCACCUCCAACUUCCCCUACUCUCUGGAGCAGCUGCAGGUCUCCUACUGUAAACUGUCACGUGUGGACAUGCGGAUGCUGUCCCUCAAAGCUCUCCGCAAGCUAGACCUUAGCAACAACCACAUCAAGAAACUCCCUGCUACCAUCGGUGAUCUCAGCUGCCUGUCUGAGCUCAUACUCUACAACAACCACCUGGAAGCCUUCAGCGAGGCCCUCUGCCUGUCCACCCUGCAGCGGACCCUCCAGCACCUGGACCUCAGCCAGAAUCGGCUGGAGUCCCUGCCCGCUCAGUUCUGCCAGCUCAGAGAACUUGUGAACCUCAAACUGGAUGACAACAAGCUCGUUUGUUUACCAUUCCACAUUGGCCGACUCUCAAAACUGAGGUUUCUGUCGGCGGCACAUAACCAUUUGGCAGUGCUGCCCAGUGCCUUCCGUAAACUGUGUCUGGAGAACCUGGACUUGUUUGGAAACCCCUUUAUCCAACCCAACCCUCUAGACCACACAAUGCAGCUCACAUUCCCGCUUCCCCUCCAAGAGAUUGCUUCUAGAGCUGUGGCCAACCUCAGGAUACCAUACGGACCUCACCUCAUUCCUGCCCACUUGUGCCGGGACCUUGAAGUAGCCAAGACCUGCGACUGUGGCCGAGUCUGCAUCAGUUUCUACAUCAAGACAGCGGUCAGCAUGAACCUGCACCAAGUCUCUCACACGGUGGUCCUGGUGGACGACAUGGGAGGCACAGACGCUCCAGUGCAGCAACACUUCUGCUCCCUCUCCUGCUACUCUGAAUAUUUAGACACCUCCCUCCAGAGAGGAAUCAGAUAAACAAGAACACACUCUAGUUUUAUGAAAACACACCAACAGCUGAAAAGAAACUGCUAUGUAUAUAUACUGUACUAGUGUGCAAGUUGUGAGGGUAUCGGAUACUGACAAGUGAAAUCUGUGGUAAUAAAUAGCUCAGUGGAGCAGUUUUCUUAUGUCUGCUAAAGAAACCACAGUACCAAUUCUGUUAAGCUUUGUUUUGAAAAGAGCUUCAAGCUGCCUGUUCUGCACUUACAUUCAUCAUAUGAUGCACUUCCCACAUAUCAAGGAUGGGGUAAGAGACCAGCUUAAGUACCAUCACAUGCGUUCUGCCUGUAUUUCCUGGGCACGGACUGUAUGUGAUGAUAGUGGGCAGCAACACAAAAUUACUGUCAGAUGUUGACUUGUUCUAUAGGUCCCCCUACUGACUGCUUGUUCAUAGACAGUGGAAUAAGGAAAUUAGCUGAAUUUCCUGAACACAUUGCCUCAGGGUCCAUGAUUGUGAGCUAAAUGAAAUUGUUUUUUAUUGUACUAAUGGAGCACAAGUUUUACAUAUAUGCAAAAAUAAAAAUAAAAGUAUUCAUUAUCUUGUU